AUGGCGUUCGACCUGGGCGAGCGGCUGCGGCAGAGCAACGCGCGCUUCCUGGUCUCCAUUCACCACAUCUUGGAACGGUAUAAUCAUCCUUUUGAAGAUGACUAUGUUGUUUCCAUGGAAACUCUCACUUACGAUACACCUGCUGGACCAAAGCAAUGGGGGGAAGUGUCAAAAAAGGAGCUUAAAAAUUGGAAGGCAGAAAUACUUGAGCAUAACAGAGCAAGUCCAAGAAAUGCAGAAAUGUCAAAGCAACAGACCAGUGAUCUUGAAGAUAGACCUUCAACAGCACCUAAGGAAUCCCCUGAAGCCUCUCAUAUGGAUACAUCGGAUAUAGUAGAUGCAGAAAGUGAUGCUGAUAUAGCUUCAGUAAGAAGUCAAUUUGAAGACAUUCAUUUCAAGAACCAGUAUGUAGAUGAUGUGGAAAUUCAAGAGAACGCAAAAAUUCAAGUGGAUGUGAUAGUACAAGAUCAUGCUAGAAAUAUUCCCAAGUGGAUUACGAUAGCACCUCAAGGUUCAUCGGAGGGUCCUCAAGUAGCUUCACCAGUGCAAGAACUGAUUGGCAACCAAGCCACUGUUUGCAGAAGGGUAGAGUUGUCAAAUGAAUGUUCUUCCUCCAGAUCUCUUCAGUUACAAUCUUCUGUUCCCAUUUCACCAUGUACAAUUACUAUAACUAGGCAUGAAACUUCUCCAGAACUGAAUAAAAGUUGCUAUGAUAGUAUCUUCCAAGAAUACCAGUCUGCAGAUGAGGAAUGCUCCUGGAGCAAUGUAACUCUUGCAGACCUGUAUCCAGCGAUGGUGAAGACAUUUAUAAGGCUCAUGAAAAAGCAGUCUCAGAGAAAAGUGUUUAAAUACCUGUUUGGAAACUUAAGGCACAGAAGAAUGUCUUGUAGAAGACCAAGACUCAAUGUCACUGUAGACAAAAUAAGAGGGUUCAGACCUCUUAAACUGAAGCGAGCACUACCCAGCAUAUGCAGCAGUAGAAGUAAGGACAUCCAGAAUCAAGCUUUUGGAAAUGACCUCACAGAAUUUUCUGCUGACAAUUCUUCCAUUAAUAAUUUAUCUACUCUGGUACCUUAUUCUCAUGUUGAUACAAAUGAAGUAAAAAUGGACUACUCUGACUCAAGUUUAGAACAUCAUUUGGUAUCUGGAAGUGGCCAGAGAGUUUCCAAACAGACUGUUUUUCCUAAUGUUAUGGCUAGAAUGGGCGAGACAUUUCUUGUUGAAGAUGAAUUACAGAGUACUGUCUCACUGAAGAGUUCAAAAUGCAAAGAAAGUGAAAAAUCAGCUUGCAAAUGUUCCUCAGAAUACCCUUUUAAAACAUCUACUGCCAGUUCAGAGUCAACUGCACUUCAUCUGGUAAAAGAGACUAAAGCUCAAAAAAUUGACUUUCCUGGUGGUGAUACCUCCAAGUUGUGUUCAUCUACUUGGAGUUUCUCUAGCAACAGUAGCACUUUUGCCCGUGUCACAAGCUGUUCUUUUGCAAAAGCAUCAAAGACUUUAUUCCCAAUUACUGGCAAAACAAUAUCUGAAAGACUAAUUUCUUUCCAGGGCAAACACUCAUUUUCCCCAUUGUCUGUUAAGCAUAGUCCUUCAAAGACGCUCCCAAAAUCUGAAGAUGCAUUUGAAAAACUCUACUAUGGACUGUGUUCCAAAGAAUUCCAAAAGCCUUUGGCAGUGACAAGACCUAUUCCAAGUUCACAGAACUUUGAAGUGAAAGGAAGAUUAGUGAAGGGUAAUUUAAGUGACUCUGUGAAGUCUGACAUGCAGUAUGCUAGAGAGUUUGACAGAAUCUGUGAGCAGUUGUGUAGUGAUGCUGUUCCAAAACUUCCUGGGUUUCAGAGAGCUUCAAAUUUAAGGAAAUACGAAGGCAUACAGAUGUCUGAAACUGUAAAUGCUCUUGUUAAUUCACCUGUUCGAACUUCUUCUGCAUUUCCCAGAGUUAAAAGACUAGGAAAUUUUCAAAAUGAUCUUCUUUGUUCACCAGUAAAGCGACUGAGAAAUAUACCAGAACGCUAUUUUCCGUUAACAGAAUGUCAACAGAUUUCUCACAGAAAAAAUGUUCCUCUUCAGACAGAUGGCAUGCAUUUUUUGAGCACGUGCAAUGGCAGUAACCCCAGCUUUUUUGCCAGUCACAACUGUCAGCAUCAGGACUAUGGAUUUCAUGCUUCCUCAGACAAAACUUUUCUUGGUAUUCCUGGUACUUCCCUGCAAGGGAUUGCAGAUGCCCACUCCAGUUGGCCUCAGGCAGUGAAGAAUUACAAUUGUCCCAGAAAUGCACAGAAGUGUCACCAAAGAAUAUUCAGAAAACUAAGCUACACGGAUGACAAAGACAAAAAUUCUGGCAGUCCCUUGGAUGAUUUCCCAGUUAAAAAUUCAUGAAGGAGCAUGCUACAAAGAAGACAGUAUUUUAUAAAGUCUGGUUUUGUUUCUCUUCUUCCAAGAAUCAAGAAUGACUAUGUAUAUAAAAUAUACAGUUAGUCCUGAUUUAUACUUCCCCAUAACGUAAACCUUCAGGAACUGGCUCAUCCCUUCUGACAGGCCCUUCUUACUCCUUUGGCUUCAUCAGGUGUUGCAAGGAAUCAGGUUCCUUUCUGUGGCUGAAUUUAAAGUUUGUAUUUAGUAGUGUUGAACGUGAUCUAUCAAAUCUUUUGAUUCUUAACCUAUUAGUCAUAAGACAAGUAACAAGCUCUUUCUGAUUAAUUCAUACUUAUUUGUGCUUUAUAGAUGUAUUAGUACUAAAUGACUGAAAAAAUUUUAAACUGCACUGGAUGACCCAAAUGCAGUAUUACAUCCUAUGACUUGUAAUAUGCCUGCUAUGCAAUUUUCAUGUUAAAGUUUUCUAAGUAGUUAAGCAAAGUUGAUUUUACAGUAGAAUUUUAUAAUUUUAGUGGAUAUAUUAGUUCUGUCUUCUGAAAAAAACCCUA